AUGCCAAGCAAGUUCAGCAGAGCAAUUCUUGCAGUGAGAAAUCAAACAUGCAUCAGCCUCUCCCAGAUUGUUAACACCAAUUCCUCCAAUCUCGAUGCGGCGGUUCUCAAGGCCACCACUCGCCAUCCCGAGCCUGCCGACCAACGUUACGUCGAUGAAAUCCUUCAGACCAUCUCGUCCAACAAGCUCAACGCUGCCAUUUGCGCCAACGCCAUUGCUAAAAGGAUUGGGAAAACAAAUAACUGGGUUGUUGCCCUCAAAUCUUUGAUGCUCCUCCUUCGGAUUUUUCAAGACGGUGACCCUUUUUUCCCUCAAGAAGUGGUGCACGCGAGGAGCCGUGGGGCGAAGAUUCUGAACCUCACCACUUUCAAAGACAACUCCCAUUCCAGCCCUUACGAUUACACUGCUUUCGUGAGGGCGUUUGCGUUUUAUCUCGAUCAGCGUUUGGAUUGCUUCAUUACAGGGAAGCAGGUUCGACGAAGCCGCCGAGUUAACCAACAACCUGUCCAAGAAAUGAAGCCGAUGAUGUUGCUUGAUAGGCUUUCGUAUUGGCAACGGUUGCUCGAUCAAGCCAUUGCCACGAAGCCAACGGCUGCGGCCAAGAACAACCGGCUGGUUCAGUUUUCUCUUAAAGCCAUCGUCCGGGAAAGCUUCGAUCUUUAUCGGGACAUCUCCGAUGGACUCGGUCUUCUGUUAAAUAGUUUCUUCCAUUUGCAGCAUCAAUCGCGCAUCAAUGCAUUUCAAUACUGUGUCAAAGCAACGAGACAGUUCGAACAGCUUUCCUCCUUUUAUGAUUAUUGUAAGGAUCUUGGAAUCGGGAAAAUUUCGGAGUAUCCUAGAGUGCAACAGAUAUCCGAUGAGUUAAUGGAGACAUUGCGAGAAUUCUUGAAAGACCAAGCUUCGUUACCCUCUCAACAUGGUUCGGAAUGCAUGUCAUUGGAAGAUUUGAUGUAUCAAACAGAAUGUGAUGAACCGAUAAGUCCGUCUUUCUUGCCGGGGCAUUAUUCGGAGGUGGCCGAGGAACAGUGCAAUGAACAAGAAGAUAUGUAUAAUGUUCAUGAAACCGGUUCGAACCAUUCAUUGCCUAUUCAGACUAGUGUGACUAUAGAUUUUGGAUCGUUCGAUGAUUGGCUGAUGGGUGAUAUUAAAUCCCAAGUGCUACAGAGUUCAGCAAUGGUGGAUUCCACUAAUGGUGGUGACUCUUUGUUUGACAACUCGGUUCAACAAGAUCAUAAACAAGAACAAGGUUUUGAAAAUGGAGCUAAUGGUCUUUCCCUUCUCGGCAACUGGGUCGAAGAAUACCAAAGCAAAGAAGCUUCUCAAAAUGGAGCCAAGGGUCAUUCAUUUGUCAAUGAUAAUCUUCAAGGAAAUGAACUGCAUGAGCAAGAUCAUCUCAAUGUAACCAAGGGCCAUUCGUAUUUCGAUGACUAUCAAUUUGUAGGAAAUGGCCACUCCUUGUUCGUCGACGAUUGGCUCCGGGAUGAUAGAAAGGAUCCCGAAGAACAGCAGCGAACUUCGGCACUGAAUUCGAGCAAUGAUGGUUGCAAGGAAGGAUGGGAGCUUGUGUUAGCAGAAGCCACACCACAACCUGCACAAACUUCUCAACAUUUAGCCUAUGGAAUUGAGCCCUCUAUGGCUAUUGUUCUAUUUGAUCGAAGGCCAAUAGUACCACAACGCGCAUUCAAUCCAUUUCUUGAAGAUGAAGCAGAUUUAUCACCAUACAUUGCAACCACUGCUAUCAAUACCACUAUAGCUUUUCCUGUUGAGUUCUCAAUGGCACCGACAUUUCAGGCAGCGCCACCAACUUUCUCCAUUCAAGAUCCUAACAAAAUGGCCAGACCGACAUUUCAGGCCACACAGACUUCUCUCUCUGAGGAUAAUUAUAGAACGACAGUAGCGUUUCAAGAUAACGUAAGUGACGACGAUGACCCUUUCGCCCCAUGGCCUACCAUGAAAGAAAGCAAUAAUGCUUCUUUUAAUGGGUCAGAUGAUCAGGAAAAUCUGUUACUUCAACAAGAGCUGUGGCUGCAGAACCAAAACAAGAUUCUGAAUAAAGCUGCGUAUUCGUUCUGUAAAUAA